AUGGAUAUGGACAUGGGCAUGUCGUCUACCACCACGGCCGCCAGCGCCACUCCCACCGGUGCCAUGAUGGGCGGUGGCAUGGAUGAUGAUAUGGGCAUGGGAAUGGGACCGGCAGGCAUGUGCAAGAUCUCUAUGCUUUGGAACUGGAACGUCCUGGACACGUGCUUCAUUUCCUCGAGCUGGCAAAUCACGUCCAAGGGCAUGUUUGCGGGUUCCUGCAUCGGUGUUGUCCUCCUCGUGAUCGCCCUGGAGUUUCUACGUCGCCUAUCCAAGGAAUACGACGGCUUCCUGAUCAAGCAGCACGCCGCCAAGUUUCGGAACGCCUCAGCUCCCGCCGUGGUCACUACCACCGCUGCAAACACGGCCGUCAAGGCGGGCGGCGAGUCGGUCAACAGUCAGGAUGUAACUCGAGCCGCCGGUAAUGCCAUGCCGCCCUUCCGCCCAAACGUGCUCCAGCAGGCCGCACGUGCGCUACUGCACAUGGUUCAGUUUGCCAUUGCAUACUUUGUCAUGUUGUUGGCCAUGUACUACAACGGGUACUUCAUCAUCUGUAUCUUCAUCGGUGCCUACAUUGGCGCUUUUAUCUUCCAAUGGGAGACUCUGACUGUCGGCUCUGAUAAUACUAGUGCUACAAACAACCCUACCGUCUGUUGCGGUUAA